UUGAAAUAGUCCAGUAAAAAAAAAACAUUAUUUUAAAUCACGUCAACAAAACCAACAAGUAGCCUUAUAUCAACACAAGUUUCAUUUCUAAACAUUCCCAAUAACAAAUUGAGCCUCUUCUGAGCUUCUUCUCCCCUUACACAAAUGGCUCCUUCUCCAUCAUCUCCAUCUCCGCACAUCCUUCUUCUUCUCCUUUCCAUAUUAUUAUUCUCUCUUCUACAUUUGUCGACCGCGGAUGGCGACGAAUACAGUUACAACCCGAUGGUGGAGUCAAUGAACGGGCCCGAGAACGUAACGGUUGAUCCUAGUCUCCAAUUUGAGAAUGAUCACCUUCGUAAAGCCUACAUUGCUCUUCAAGCUUGGAAAAACGCCAUGUUAUCCGACCCGUUUAAUUUCACCGGGAACUGGGUGGGUACUGAUGUUUGUUCCUAUAAUGGUAUUUAUUGUGCUGUUUUACCGAAUGCGAGUUCGGAUUCUUAUUACGGUGGUGGAAGUGGUUAUGAUUACUCCCCUCCCCGGGUGGUUGCCAGUGUUGACCUUAACCACGCCGACAUCGCCGGAUACCUCCCCGACGAGAUCGGGUUAUUAUCCGAUCUCGCCGUCUUCCACAUUAACUCUAACCGGUUUUGUGGGACCGUUCCGAAAUCGUUUUGCUCAAUGACAUUAUUAUACGAGCUUGAUGUAAGUAACAACCGGUUCGUUGGGAAGUUUCCCCCGGCUUUACUCAAUCUACCCUCGUUGAAGUAUUUGGACAUCCGGUUCAAUGACUUUGAAGGGCCGAUUCCUCCUGCAAUAUUCGAUAAACCGCUUGACGCGCUUUUCAUCAACAACAACCGGUUCAAGUAUGGAAUCCCCAAGAAUAUGGGAAACUCACCGGUGUCUGUUUUGGUGAUGGCAAACAAUGAGUUAGGAGGGUGUAUUCCUUCAAGCAUUGGGAAAAUGGGGUACACUUUAAAUGAGAUUAUUCUUUUGAAUGAUAAUCUUACUGGUUGUUUACCAGAGGAAAUUGGUCAACUCAAACAUGUAACGGUAUUUGAUGUUAGCUACAACAACUUAGCUGGGUCACUUCCAGCAACGAUUAGUGGAAUGAUUAGUGUUGAGCAACUUGAUGUUGCUUACAACAAAUUUACUGGGGUUAUUCCAGAUACUAUUUGUUCGCUUCCAAGCCUACAAAACUUCACUUACUCUCACAACUAUUUCACCGGCGAGGCGCCGUCGUGUGCCGCCGCUGAUGAUGGAUCACAAAAUUGUUUCCUAGGGAAGGAGGAUCAGAAGUCGGCGGAGGAGUGUUCCUCGCCGUCGGCUACACCUGUGGAUUGUUACUCAUUUGGGUGUAUUAAGAGGCCAGUUUAUACACCAGCUCCGUCUUACACUCCUACAUAUUCGCCUUCGCCGUACACUCCUACUUAUUCGCCGUCGCCGUCGUACACUCCUACAUACUCGCCAUCGCCGUCGUACACUCCUACCUAUUCGCCAUCCCCGUCUUUUGGUGGAGCGUCAUCAGGCACAUAUUCACCGCCAUCAGAUGCUCCGUCGAAAGCACCACCACACUACACUCCGUCACCUGCUUACAAACCCUCUCCGUCGCCAUCAUCACACACACCAAGCUACGACACUCCUUCCCCGUCGUAUCAACCACCAAGCUACAACACCCCACCAUCAACCCCUGAGUACUCAACUCCACCUUACUCACCAUCUCCUUCACCAGAUUAUUACUAUUCCUCACCGCCACCACCAUCAUACACUCCAACAACCCCUGAGUAUUCAACACCGCCACCCGUAGAAUACGGCUCUCCACCCUCUUACACUACUCCUACACCCUCAACUCCUACAUACUCUCCAUCGCCGUCAUCAUACACUCCACCCUCAACUCCCUCAUACACACCAUCACCAACAUAUACACCACCCUCAACUCCCUCAUACACACCAUCGCCAACAUACACGCCACCAUCAACUCCCUCAUAUACACCAUCGCCAACAUACACGCCACCAUCAACUCCCUCAUACACACCAUCGCCGACUUACUCUCCACCAUCAACUCCUACAUAUACACCAUCACCAACAUACACUCCACCCUCAAAUCCUACAUACACACCAUCACCGUCAUUCCCACCACCAUCAACUCCUACAUAUUCACCAUCGCCGUCAUACCCAACACCAUCAACUCCUACAUAUUCACCAUCACCGUCGUCAUACACACCACCAUCAUCUCCAACAUAUUCACCAUCCCCGUCGUACACUCCAUCAACUCCAGGACAUCAUCAACAAUCUCCUCCUCCUAAAGAAAAGUGUCCAACAGAACACACGCCACCGCCACCACCGGCAUACGGCGGCCGUAUGCCACCAGUUUACGGUGUUGCCUACGGUUCUCCUCCUCCUCCAAUCUACCCUGGUUACUAAUUUCCUACACCCCCAUUAUCAGUAAAAAAAAAAACAAAAAAAAUCAUCUGCUGUAAUAUGUUUUAAUUAAUAUGUUCAUUAAUUUUCUCGGGGGUUGAUCAUCACAUUUUGUCGUAACAAUUCUUCCAAAAGAUGUCAGGAAGUUCAAAAUACAAUAUUGACAGAUUCUUUGAAUUACUAUACUCUAUACAUUUGUGUUCUUUUUCUUUUUUUUUUAAUUUGGUGGGAGUUUAAUUAAUUAGCAAUAAUAGAUUCGUAAUUUUA